AUGGGGGAGCCCUCCGGGCCAACCAAAACCGGAUACGAGACAUUAUACUCUCGCCGUGUCCGCGAACGUAUCAACGCUGCCUCAAAACCUCCCACGGUCAACGUAAAUGUGUCGAAGAAACACGUUGCCCUAUACAGCCCGAAGAUAUUCAAAGCAAAACGUACCCACCCAUACAAAACUGUGAGUACUGCAAGAAAUUUGACUAACUCACCUAACCCGGGGUCAUAUUCCACAUUUAGAAGGAACCCCCUGGCCGAAAAUUUCUCCGAAAAAAGCUUGGAGAAAACACUCGUAAUACAUCAGGUGAAAGACACCAACACAAAACGGCUGGCCUCUGAGAGCCAAGGCCCCGAGGAACCCAAACUCACAAAGCCAGACAACCAGCAAAAUCAGCCGCAUAAAAUCAUAAAUUAUGAAAGUAUGGAGAAACCGACUCAAGAAAGUUCGGAGAAACACAAGAUGAAAAGUACGGAGAAUUCAACCCAACAAAGUAUGGAGAAUUCAACCCAACAAAGUAAGGAGAAAGCUGCCAGCAAUCUACAAAGUUUGGAGAAAGCUGACCACGACCUACAAAGUUUGGAGAAAGCUAACCGCAACCUACAAAGUAUGCAGAAUGCUGCCAACUUAGUCGAAACCAAUGUAGACACAGAGCAGACUCACGAGGACGAUGCACAGACAAGCGACGACAUACUAGAAACUUCGGAGAAUAGUGUUGAAAUUCUGAGAUCGGACAGUAUGGAGAAUCUUCGAAAAACGCUUGAAGACUCCAAUAGCGAACCUAGCAGCCCGGAGUCAACUGAUUCUACGGAACUAAACAUCGACGAACAAGAAUCGGGAACAGACUCCCCCGAUACGAUAAAAAAUGCGUCAACUUUUAUACCUCCUGAAAAGUAUGGAGAAAAUCAAAAUCAGACACAAGACUUCCCAGAAUUCACCUCGGCAUACAAAACGCUGCCAAUACCGCCAAAUGUCACUGCUAGGAUCCUAAACUUUCAACAAAGGGAUGAUUCAUCAGGGGAGGACGCAUCACAAAAUAACAAGGGGCCCACACCCUCUAAUAUAAUACAAACGACGCCUACUACAUCAAUUGGAGGAAAUGCUGCUCUUAUAACUUGCAUAUUUACUACCGAUACACUAUAA